UGGUAGCUAUGGAGACCUAAUAUAAUACACUCCCUCUCCCUCCCUCCAUCGCUCGCUCUCUCUCUCUCGUAGUGUAAGUCUAUCUCUCUCUCUCCCUCUCUCCAUCCACACCAAAGCUCUUUAGGCUACUUUGCGCAUGUACGGCCAGUCAAACUGAGCAUUGCAUCGAUUCCAAGAUGGCGAAAACACGUCUGGCUUGUCUCCUGACUCUCCUCUCAACUCACUGCUACAUCAGCGUGCUAGCAGUGGUCCUGAAAACAAGUAACGACUCGCCGUGGACCAAUGAGUUUGACAGAAUCGAGUUAUCGUGUUUGAUAGAGUCCAUCUCCACGACCAAUCCUAGGAUCGAAUGGAAGAAAAUAACAAACGAAGGACCCAGUUAUGUGUACUAUGACAAGAAGAUCUCAGGAGCCCUGGAGAACAGAGCGAUGAUCAGAGAACCGGCCACGCUACUAAUAACAAACGCCACCAGAUCGGACACAGCCAAAUAUCGCUGUGAGGUCACAGCCGCCGAUGACCUGAAGUCGUUUGAUGAGAUUGUGAUCGACCUUGUCGUAAGAGUAAAGCCAGUGGUGCCAAAGUGCAGUGUCCCUAAGUCAGUGCCUUUUGGGAAGUCUGCAGAGCUGAGCUGUGUGGAGGAGGAGGGCUUCCCCAAGUCUCAGUACCAGUGGUUCAAGGACCGGGAGGAGAUCCCAGACGACCCAAAGACCAGCCUCAAGUUCUUCAACUCUUCGUACACGCUCAACGCAGACACAGGAACUCUGAAGUUCAUCGCAGUCCGAAAAGAAGACGCGGGCGAUUACUUCUGCCGAGCGAAGAACGAUGCCGGAUACGCAGAGUGUCCGUCCCAAAACAUGGAAGUCUAUGACAUUGAUGUGGUUGGGAUUAUACUGGGAGUGCUGGUGGUGGUGGUGGUGCUCCUCUGUAUAACAGCAGGGAUCUGCUGUGCGUACAAGAGAGGCUUCUUCUCCAGCCAAAAGCAGACGGGGAACAAUUACAAAGUCCCAGCUAAAGGAGAUGGAGUGGACUACGUCAGGACGGAGGAUGAGGGGGAUUUCCGACACAAGUCGUCAUUUGUGAUCUGAAGAAGAAGAUGAAGAAGAGGAGGAGGAUGAGGAGCUUUGUGCUGAGUGAGAGACAUGACAUGUGGGACUGAACUCCAUGCUGUCUGACACGGAGCCACCGCUCAUGCUCCGAGCGCUCAGCACCACAAAACACAACUGCUCAAAGUUUGCCAAAGGUGACAUCAAGAAUCCAUGAGACAACAAACGGUCACACACGUAGGGACUGAGGUUCAUUUGUCGUCUUUCAACACCAACAAUGGAAUUCAUUUUUACUAAAUUAUGGGGAUGUUUCUUUACAGUUAUUGCAUGGUUUGUUAACAAGUGGAGCAGGGACACAUUUCUUUGCUCCUGGAGGUAGAAAAAAAGAGGAUCUCUUUCCUCUGGAGUCGAUCUAUCAUGACGUAUUUCUACUGUAAACAUUAGCUCAAAACCCUCUGUCAUUUGUACAACAUUUAUUUUCUACUGUUGAAAUUUGUCAGACUAUUUUUGAUGGAAUAUAUUUUAAAAUGCCUAUAGAUAAAGGUUUACUUUUUUAAAUAUUUGUAAAAUACUAACAUGUGUUUUUUUAUUUGGUUGUGGAUAAAAUAUGUAACACUUUAACCACUUUGCAUCAAGCUGUAAGCAUUUACACCUUUGCAAUCAGAAGAAAACAUAGGAAAAAAUGAGGUGUUCUAUCAUAUCAAGAUGUGCUUCUUGAUGGGCGGUCUUACAUAUUUAAUUUCUGCUUUGCUGGGAAAGUCCCGGCUCCUGUCGUGAGAGACUUCAUGUUAAUGUUUGUAGAUAGUUUUUGAAGAGUGCCAGUCAAAUGCUGUGAAACACUGUACACGAUCAGUGCUGCAUUUUCUUGAUUUAAGUGUCCUUCUAUGCUUGCUGUUAAUCUUGUAUAUAUUGAAUUUACUCCAAGAUAGUUUUGCUGUCAUACAUGCGUUCAGUAUUACACUAGAAUAAUAAUGAAGAUGAUAAAAAUACUAAUAAUAAGACAGGGUUUGUAGGUUAACCUUCCAGACCCACAGAGAAACAGAGUCUAUGAGAAAAGAUGAAACACAGGGCUGUGACACUUUAUCAUGAAAGCCUGUGUGACAACGCCUCGUAGAAACAAAUAUGACUACAAAUACAAGUUGUUACUUGACCUACUUACGUCAACUUUUCAAGUUAUGAUCACUGAUGAUAAUGAACAAUCAUGUUCUGGAAACAUUAAUCCAAUGCAGAAUCUUUGACACAGAUCAUGGCCCAUAUUUGCUGAUUUUCUCCAACCUGUUUAUUUUAAAACAUCUUGUUGCUGAUUUGACAAAAAGCUGUCACAGUAUUAGUUUUUCUAAAAUGUACUACAUUAAUGCUGAGUGAAGCAGCUCUUUGAUAAAACUGCAUUAAUCAGAAGCUCUAAAGCAGACAGAGUUUCAGGGAGGGGCUGUGAGCUGAGCUGCUUGUGCUGGUUCAGGAGUUUUGUCCUUCACACUUUUUUAUAUCAUAACAGAAGUGUCUUGGUUUCUUAAAUGAAAGGAUCUUUUAUUAAAGAAAUAUUCAAAAAUAAUAUUUAAGCAGUUUUACUUGACAUAAUGAACCUGGGCAGAGCUUCAGGGGCUGUCAGCUGAGCUGCAUUUAUUACCCUAGCUCAGUUCUUCAGUUUUAGUUAAGGUGGUCCCCCCUUCACCAACUUUUUAUACAUUUCUACAGAGGUCACUUGGUCACCAAGAUAAAAGGAUCUGUUUAAAAAACAACAGAAACAAUAAUUACGCAGUUUUACUUGACAGGGGCUGACAGCUGAGCUGCCACUCACUUAAACUCUUCGUCUGCUUGACUUACAUUUUAUUUUGUUCCCCUGUCUAGGUAAUUUUUUAGGUCCCUAAGCUCUCAUUGGUGCUCAUUAGGCAGACUUCAUCCAAACACUUUAUCGGUGUUUAAAAUAUGAAGCUGAAAAAAAUCCUGUUUGGUUUGAUUGAGGCCGAGAUUGUCUUUACUCCUCUCAGCCGAUUCUUCAGUGUUACAGAGACAAACAGACGGGGUCUGGAGGGUUAACUUUUUCUGAUUGUAUAUACAGUAGAUAUUUGUUUUUCUUUCUUUCUCUCAAGAUUUUGUGAAGUGGUGAAAAUUGAAAAAAAUAAUCCUAUUUGAGGCGACAUGAAACUCUUUCCAUUUGUAAGACUGAGAAAAGAAAACAUUUUACCAUAUCAUUCACGAGACAAGACCAGGAGCUCUUUUACAACCGAGCGGUCCAACCUGAGUCGACAGUUUAGACGCUGUCCAGAAGAAGAACUGCUCUCACUCAGUUUGGAUCAAGAGUUAGAGCAGUUUGAAGAACGUUAAUACAAAUAGGAAAUCUGUCCUGGUGAGUUUAUCACAAACAGAAACUCCCCAGAAGCACAUGGUGGCCAUUGUCCUUUGUCUUGCUCAGGGUGGGAAGUUCAAAGGUUAGAAACCUGAUAAAUAUUUGCAAUUUUGUCCUUCUUGAGCGUGUUUACAUGAUAUCCCAGUUUUGGUCAGGUUUUUUAAGGAUUUCGUUGGUUUUUUUUUGGUGCAUUCAAACAUAUCUCAACUUCAGAACCCAGAUAAGUCCUUAUCCCGGGUUUUGAGAAACCUUAAGAGAGCUCCAAAAGAAAACAGGACACUAUGGCAUAUGCCUUACUCCAGUGUCUGACAGCAGCUGAAUACCUCUGCAGGCGCCAAGUGACGCAUCAGCAGAACAAACAUGGUGACUGCAACAAGAGUGUCGUAAUUCGUCGCCCUCUUGCGGCUGUGUAUCAUCGCCCAUUGCUUCCUUGUCCUACGCGGUGCCAAGGACGGGCCGGAAUGAGAUAGAGAUGUCAUAUCUGCAAUGCGAUGUUGGCAUUUAAUAGUGCUAACCCUGCAAUAAGACACAGUCGUCUCAUUUUUCCUCAGAUUUCAAAAUUGCUGUGUUAUGUGUUACACAGUAAACAUCACAGACGCCUUCACAAAUAUGAUACAGUCAUCAGAAACCAGGGUAAGAAGUGUAUCAUGUGUUCAGGUUUCUCUGAGUGCAUGUUAAUGCCAUAUCCCAGGAUAAGGCUCAUAACUGGGAUACUAAAGUCUAAAUAGAUCAACAUUAACCCACAAGCUAGCAUGGGACAACAGCUAGCUUAGCCUGCAUCUCUUGUUAGAAAAAACGUCUUGGCUGAACAGCAGGAUGAGAUAAAUGAAGGAUGUAUUUCUUGCUCACAUUAGCAAGAAAUAUUUUUGACUUCCAUCAACCAAUUUGUUGAGUAAACAAUGUUAUCACAAUAUUCCAGUGAGACAUUACGUGCACACGACACAGCUUCCACCUUGAGUAAAACUUCUCCUGGAUUGGCCGCCAUGGAGCUCUGAUUGGUCUUUACUUCUUCUAUUGAACUUUUUUCAAUUGUUUUUAAAUUUGUCAACGUGGUCAAAUGUUAGCUGAGUAUCAGUCAUGGUAGAGACGAUCUGCCCAUCAUUUGCACAUAGGAAGUUGUCAACACUGGUCAGUCUUUUUCCCAACAUGUCAACAUGUUGCAUUCAGAAAACAAGAGAAAGUGUUUUUAAAAGAGUACAAAUUCAUACAGGUCACUGACCUCAUCACCUUUCAGGAACAUUUCACACAGAUGCAUACAUCCUCCCCUAUCAUUUGUACUAUUUCAUUCCUCUUAAGUGCCUUUAAAGUAGUCCAGUUUCUCUGCAGCCAUGCUCUCUUCUGCUUCAACAUUUUAACAAUACUGAUCUGAGGUUUCAUGUUUAAACACAAGCACGGCGUUUGAGAGGAAUGACAUCACUUCCCUUCUUUACAUACGUAUCUGCAAAUUUGUACAUAGCUUUUUUUUUUUCAUAGAUUUGCUGGUGUAGACAUGUUGAAGUAGAAAUAGGAGUAUAUUAGUGCCUAAAUAUAGUGGGAAUUAUUUUUGGAGAAGACACAUUAUAGCACUAUUAGGCAAAAAAAAAGAAGGAUACCCAAAGCAGGGACGUUUAUACAUUAGCUCUGGUUUAUAACACGGUUAAAUUUGUCCUGGCUGUCUGUUUAUUUUCAGAUAACACAGCCGCUGCUCCACUGCUCCCAGAGACAAACACAAUGUUCAAACUCAACUCGACUCCGUGUUCAGGAACGUGUCAGCAGCUGUAAUGGAGCUCUGAUUAUUCAGGCAGUGUGAGCGCUUAAUAAAGCAGAGUUCAUGCAAAGUGUCAGACACAAACAAACACACAUAGAGUCAUGCAGGACGCCUGCAUUUAGCCCACAGGCAGCCCCGAACACGUCCGUCUGUAAUCUGGUUUGAUGUUUUAAGGCAGCAGUGAUACAGAUUUUAUUUACAGAGAUGGUUUCAGUGUUUUUUAUCUCGCCACUGUGUUUCAAAUCAGAGAUGGCAGCGCUCCUCUGAUGCAGCUCUGUUAAACUGUUACAGACUGAGGUGUGGUGUGAGAAGCAUCAAGACUCUCUGAACCAAACUCACAAACAGUCGAAUGUUCAUCCGGGGCCUGCUGGGGAUGUUUUUGUUCCUUUUAGAAACACUCGAUUUGUGAUUAAUAAAACUCACUUCUGAUAUUACUGGA